AUGCAAUUCCCGCAGCCCCAAGUGCCAGGCCAGGACGGCCCAGGCGGCUACCAGAAUCAAGCACCGCACCCACCCGCCGGAUCUAACGCCCCCUACCCACCUCCAACUCCCCCCAGCGGUGGCUAUCCAUCUUACGCUCCUCCUUCCUAUGACCAACCUGGUCAGUCACAAAGCUCCUACCCACCUCCCCGAGCUCCUCAAAGGCGCACGACGAUCGAUGACCGCGGGCCCGUCAAUGUCGACCCUACGACGAAGCCGGCCCCUUCUACCGACGAAGACUCGGCCGCAGACGCAUCGCUUGGGAAAAUGGAGCUCGACGCUUCUCAAGAUGUCAAACCUCCAGCUUACUUUAGUGGCAAGACUGUGUUCGAUGAUGGCAAUUUCAGGUCCGUCGAUGCUGUUGGCAAGUGGCCGCCGACGACGAACGGAGAAGCUCUGGAGCCGACGUUGAAGUCCUGGUUGACGCAGAUGGGCGAGUACCUCAAGCACAAUCCGCAACACAUCUACAAGCUCACGCACAAGGACGUAUUUGCUCUCAAGGACUCUGACCUGUUAGACUACAAGUCUUUGGUCGAGAUGGGUCUUCGCAGCUGGUACACUGCAUUCUUUCACGAAGAAGAGCGCAAAAAGUGGCAGAAUCCGCUUGAGGAGUUGCAAGCCGAGACACUUCCUCGUGUCGAGGGUCAGAGCGAUGAGCUGAAUCAGGACGCUCUGGAUUGGAACAGCUGGAACAUGGCCUUCAGAUACUCUUUUAGUGCCAAGUUUAAAGGUGGAAAGGGGGUAGACUUGUUCAAAGGCUCGCCAAUCUCGGAGAUGGGCAAACCUGUGUGGAGGUGGAAGCAGAAAGACUUUGCCGCAAGGGAACAAGAAGGAGAGAAGAGAGAGGUUCAGAUGGUCUAUCGAAGAGAAACGCUACGAGACGAGCUGAAGUUUCCGUGGAAGGGCAAGCAGUAUGUUUGGGAGUCCAAUCAACCUCACGUUGAAAGGAAGGCAUACCGUGCAUUCAAGCGCUCUUUUGCAGGAGCGAGGUGGGAUGCUACGACCGUGGGCUUGUACGAAGAGAGUCCUCGUAGACUGGUGGGCUGGUUCCGCUUCCUAGAAGAAAAGGCUGCUCGUGAAAAGGACUACACCCUCGAUAUUCUUGACCCUACACUGGACCAAGCCAUUGUGUUUGUGACAUUUUCGGCAUUCUGGCGUCAGGCGUGGGCAUGGAUGUUACAUGGCUACGGCUCCACAAGUGUCACUGCCACGCUUCCGACUUAUAAGAAGUUGUUGAAUGAUCCUGGAGCCCAGCAUACUUACGGUGUUUUGACACUGGAAAAGUACCAGGAGGCGGAGGAGAUCGCAAGGAAGGAAUCCACGUCAUACUCCCAGACAGGCGAUAACGGAGCUUCGGCCGUGGUUGCCGCCAUAUCCAGCUUCUGA